UCAUUCCAAUACUGGGAUAUUUGCAGCUGGAAAAACAACAGAAAAACCAAGAAUAAGUUUAGGUCUUAAAGCUGCUAAAUGCCACCGUCACUUCUGAAAGUUGCUGAUUAAUUAGAAAUAUAAGAAUAAUUAUAGUCGCUGCACUUUUAAUUCCAACUGUCGCCCUCCUUCCUUGGACCAAUUUGAUGUUUAUCAUUGAUUUUCAGACGUCCCUUUUAUACUAGUUAGCGUUCUGGUUGCCUUAAAUGACUUUGAUACAAACGAUUCCUGAGGUGGAAAUUCUACAUUUUUAUAACUGAUGGUUGCUAAAGAGGGGUGGAUGAUAUUGAGGAAGAGCCAAAAAUGAACGAGAUUUGGCCUUUAAGGCAACACUGGAAGAGUGGGGGCAUUAGCAAGAUGAAGCAGAAGACUGGUGACAAGAACUUGGAGUAUAUCAGUAGUCCUGUAAAGACGGUGAGGUUCGGAGGCAAUGUUGAGGAAAUUCUAACCAAAUAUAAAAAGGGAGACUUAAGUGACUAUGAGCUGAUGAAGAAUCAGCUUGCAGAUCCUGAGAUAAAGGAUGCUCAGAUCAUAAGCUGGCUGCAAGAAUUUCGCAGUUGUGUAACCCAGCUGAACAAGGACCAUGAGCAGCUUAUUUAUACUAUUUUGAGGCUUCCAUGGAUCGGUCGAAGCCAGCCAGUGGUGUUGGAGUAUAUGAUGUUUCUCAGUAACCUGGUCUCAGCACAGACUGUGUAUUUGUGCGCCUGCCUGAGAAUGGUGGUCUCCCAUUUCACUCAAAAGAGAGUGAGGGUUUGCGGUGAAGUGGAGUUUUCUGAUUCAGAUGAUGAAACUGAAAACUUUCCCAGAAACUUUGAUCAGUGUCACCAGGCCUUGCAACUCAUCAUCCGAUAUGUCCCGGCCACGCGCUGUUUCCUGAUGCCCAUACUGCAGGAGAAGUUUCCGUUCAUACACAAGUCCCCCAGAACACUGGAGUGUUACGUCCACAACCUCUUAAGGGUGACGGUGUACAUUCCGUCCCUUCAACGGGACAUACUGGAGCUGAUCGUUGAGAAGAUGCUCAAACUGGAUGUGAGUGCCUCGCGGUCGGAUAUUGAAGAGGCAGAAGAAAAUGCAGCAAUGAACCAGAGGCAAACGGAGCAGAUCGAGGAGGGUCUUUUUAACAUAAACAUAGACAGGCGGGGGGACACGCCACAGUCCUCCAGUUCAAUGGCGAUGGCUCAUGAGGUGGCAGAGAAGCUGGACGUACUUAUGGUUAUGUUCCUGACAUACAUCAAAGACCUCUGCCAUGUUAACGGUUGUCUUCAAAUGGACAGGACUAAGGAGUUGUUCAAAGACCUGCUGAGUGUGUUUGACAAACUCAUUCUGCCAACACAUGCUUCCUGUCACAUACAGUACGCUCUCUUCUACCUGUGCAGCUUCAAACUGUCGUUGGGCGAAGCGUUUCUCGAUCACUUGUGGAAGAUUCUGCACAACCCGUCUCAGCCGGCCCUCCUGCGCCAAGCUGCUGCUGGAUUCCUGGGAAGCUUUUUGGCCCGAGCAAAGUUCAUCCCUUUGCUCACUGUACGGGCCUGCCUGGACCUGCUGUUCACCUGGAUCCAUCAGUACAUCAGCAGCCAGGACAGCAGCAGCAGACCGAUUUGCUGUGACAUUUCCUUACACGGGCCCUUCUACUCUGCCUGCCAGGCUGCGUUCUACAUACUCAUCUUUAGACACAGAGCCAUACUUGAAGGCAACAUGAAAAAAGGACUGGAAUAUCUACAGAGUCUAAAUCUGGAGCGGGUGGUCAUGUCGCCAUUGAAUCCUCUCAAAGUGUGCUUGCCUUCAGUCACGAACAUGUUUGCAGCCAUCACCAGGAAAUAUCAAGUGGUGUUCUGCUACACCAUCAUGGAGAGAAACAACCGCCUAAUGCUGCCUGUGGUGCGCAGAUCUGUAGGCGACACCUAUGUGACUGCCAACACUAACCCAUUGGACAGCGUCUUUCCUUUUGACCCUUACCUGCUGAAGAGGUCUGGUCAGCUGAUUAAGCCGCUCUAUCAGGAGUGGGAGGAACUGGUGGACACGGAGCUACAUGAAGCGAACACAAGUGCAAAGGUUUUGAAGGAGGACGACGACGAAUUCCUUUGUGGGGAGAAGACGCAGGCCGAUGGUAGCAUUGGAAUCACACCAACCUUUAACAACUCCAGCCUGUGCAGCCCAGGCAGCAUGGGCUCACCUCUCUUCGGCUUCCAGGAGUCUCUCUAGUCUCGUAUUAUGGACAUCGUAUCUUCACUCUCAUAUUGUAUAUGAGAGUGAAAGACUUCUUGCGUCUAGUGUCACUCAUUUUAAAAACAUAGGCUGUUUCCAAAUUCUGUUAAUACAAGGACACGUAUUAUUCAAACAACACCAACUACACAGGUCUUUUUAAGCAAGCACCGGCAAGUAGGCAUUAUUAAUGUAGCACGUUAAAAUAGGCCCCAAGAAAUUGUGUGAUAUGUUACAGCUGAGUUAAGAAAAAAAAAAAAGAAGAGAGAAAGGAAGUGACAUGCACUGCCAUUAGAGAAAAGAGAAAGAAGUGGAGAAUGUUUUUUUUUCUCUCUUAUAAUCUUCUCCCUCUGACAUUUUACAACUAUAUAUUUUACUGUGAGAUCCGGCAAAAGAGGCUCACAUUUCUGACCAGUGCCAAAGAAAUUGAGCAAAAAGAAAUGCAGGCCUCAACCUCGACAGUAGAUAGAAGUGUACGUUGGCUACUACAUUCAACUACAUAUGUUUGUGUGUGUUUACAGAAUUAUGUGAAUAAUGGUUCAAGCCAGUGAAUUGUACACAAACUAGUACUGUAGACAAUUAAUAAAUAAAUAAAAACCAACAUAAAUAUGUAAGCACUACGGCAGCACGUUGCUGUCAGGGCAGAAGUACUCUUAUUUAUGUUGCAAUUUUUGUCUAAUGGCAUCCCUAUAUCAAGGUUAAAGAACAACUUGAUUCCAUACUCUGGAAAAAAACGACCUUAAUAUGGUUGUCUUUUUGCGUGUACUUUUAAACAUUUCACCGUCACAUUCAAGAAGGCACACAACCCCAUUUUUGGAUCACAGAGAACUGCAUCCUAAUUCAUCACCUCAAUUUGUAUUUCAGUUGUGUUGGACAGAUAUCUUGGUGAACAUACUUGUUACAUGCGAAGUGUCAAAUGUCUUUUUUUGUUCUCUUUAUUGCAAUAUAUCACUUUUUCUUUCUUCUGCAUUUGGUAACGUCAGGAUGUGAGGUAAUCUGGAAUCUGAUAAUUUUGUUUUUGUGUGUAGUCAGUUUUUAUUAAAACUGGGCAGAUAUUUUUUUUUUGUUUUGGUGUAAUUGAACUCGGUGGCUUAGAUUCACUGUUGUUCCUGUUGUGAGAACACUGUAAAAUAAUAGAUUGAAAAUAUAUAUUUUACUUCAAAUAAAUCUUGUUGCACAGAACUUUACAUACUUUGCACAAAGAGUUAAAGAUGAAUACAGUCAGUUCCCUUGUUCA